CACCUUCGUCCCACACACUCUUCACUUACACGCUCGUGUACGCUCUUUUAUCGUUGCUCGCCCAGUUCUGCUUCGCCCUCUGUGCAGGUGCGUGCGUGUCUGUGUGCGACUUUGACCUUACGGGCUGCUUUUGUCUUUCCUCGACCUCUCCGCCCACUUCCGCUCUUUCUGCCCCGGCAGCCACGCAACAACCACAUUCUUUUAUCGUCCUCCGCAGCAUCAUCCCAACCAAUUCGUCACCCCGAAGACCAGUCUCAAAGACAGUCCAUCGUUAGCGAUUGUGUAGAUCACGGUCCUCGUCACACCAUUCCACAACAGAUCAAACUUGUGCCGUACUUGGAACACAUCUGACGCCAAGCGUUUACGGAACUUCACGGCCCAGCAUCCAUAACCAAGACACCCGAGAGAAAUAGACCCAGACACCUGGUCAUACAUUUACGUCACAGUUCCCUCAGAGGCUCAUUUCAUUACAAUGGUCCUGAUCAAGACAUCCAGCGCCCUGGCGCUGCUGAGUGCCGCGUCCAGCGUUGAUGCCUUCUGGCGUAUGCAAUGCAAGGGUCGGACUGGCACUGCUCUUGUCGAUCCUAUCGUCGACUUUGGCAAGGUAGCCGACCACGCCCAUGCUUUCCACGGCUCAAGUGCCAUCGCUGAGGAUUCCACUUAUGCCGACCUCCGCGCCGGCAACUGCACCUCUUGUGCGGUCAAGCAGGACAUGUCUGCGUACUGGUUCCCGACCUUGUACUUCCAAGACAGCGCCACCAACAAGUUCGAGCCUGUGCCCCAAGUUGGCGGCCUUCUUGCCUACUAUCUGCUCCGCAACGGAAAUACAAACCAGCAGAUUACGGCUUUCCCUCCCGGCUUCCGCAUGCUUGCCGGCACCAGUCUGCGUCGCGACUAUACUCUCGGCGACCCCGAUGCUGCCGAUCCUCCCACCUCUGACUGGGCGGCACUUGGUCAAGUCGACCAGGACUCCCUUGCCCAGCGCGCGCUUGGUUUCAACUGCAUGGACUACAGCAAGACCCCCGAGCCAUCUUUGUACCGCCACAAGCUGCCCGACAAGGCCUUCACUGAUGGCAGAUGCAAGGACGGUCUUCGUCUGGAAAUCAUGUUCCCCUCGUGCUGGAACGGCGAGAACGACUCCCCCAACCACAAGUCGCACGUUGCGUACCCUAGCCUUGUCGGAGAUGGCAGCUGCCCCGAGGGUUUCAGCAAGCGUCUUGUCACACUCUUCUUUGAGGUUAUCUGGGCCACUAAUGCACCCCAAUUCCAGGGUCGUGCGGGCCGGUGGGUUCUUGCCAAUGGCGACCCGACUGGUUACGGCAACCACGCCGACUUCUUCAAUGGAUGGGACGAGGGUUUCCUCCAGCAGGCCAUCAACCGCUGCACUAACCCCAGUGGUGUCAUGUCCGACUGCCCUCAGUUUAUGGAGAACGGCCCUCUCCAGGACGAGCCUACUCAGGACUCUUGCCGUCUUGCCGACACUUUCAAGCCAUUCUCCGCCUUCGAUGUGAGUGACGGUGUUCUGGCCGGCCUGCCCGGCGGUGUCCAGGUCCAAGCUGGUCCUCAGUCCGCAACCCCCAAGGGCUCGAACAUCCUUGCCAGCAUCCUCCAGCCUCUGAUCCCGGAGGCCGCUGUCCCGACUGCUGCUGCACCCUCUAUCGACACCAACCUGCCUGCUGAGGUUUCGAGCUCCAUCAUUCCCGAUGUCGGCAUCUUCCAGGAGGUCCCGACUUCGAGCAGCACGUCGACUCCUCCUCCCCCGCCCCCUCCGACGACUACCGCGCCUCCCCCGCCGCCCCCUGCUGCGAUCGUCACGCCUCCUCCCGCCGCCCCCGUCCUCGAUGAGAAUGGCAACCCCCCCGUCAGCACCCGGACAAUCACCAAGGAUGGCAUGGUCCAGGAAAUCAUCUACUACGAGGAUGUUGUCUACGUCACUGAGGAGGUUGUCACCACCACGACCGUUGCCGUUAUGCCCUUGUUGAAGACGGACAAGAUGAAGCACCGUCGCAACCACCUGAUGCGCAACCGUCACAUCUAAGAUGGGCAGUAGUCAUUUGUGACAUUGUGUGUGGGCCAGACCUGUGAACUAUGGCAAGCAUCAUCUGAUGCGCGCGGGCGUCUCUUCAGCCAAACCUUCACUUCUUGGUACAUGGUCUAUUCUAAGUUUUCCGCAUAUUUUUUUCCUAAGUCAUUUUCAUAUGAGAAGACAACGUAGAGGGGAAAUUUGGCAAUGUAGAGCUAAGAUUUCCCGUGCCGGUUGAAUUGGCCAAUAUCAAGACUUGCAAAAGGAAAAUUUUAGAUUCCAGCCAGUUCGAAACGUGAUGUCUGAACCGAUGUU